AUGGCGCCCAAGAUUGCAAUUGUCUACUACUCCAUGUAUGGCCACAUCAAGAAGCUGGCCGAUGCUGAGUUGAAGGGUAUCCAGGAGGCUGGUGGUGACGCCAAGCUCUUCCAGGUUGCCGAGACCCUUCCCCAGGAAGUCCUCGAGAAGAUGUACGCCGGCCCCAAGGCUGCCGACGUCCCCGUCCUUGAUGACCCCUCUGUCCUCGAGGAGUUCGACGGUAUCCUCUUCGGUAUCCCUACCCGUUACGGAAACUUCCCCGCCCAGUUCAAGGCUUUCUGGGACAAGACUGGCAAGCAAUGGCAGCAGGGAAGCUUCUGGGGCAAGUACGCUGGUCUCUUCGUCUCCACCGGUACCCAGGGUGGUGGCCAGGAGAGCACCUGCUUGGCUGCCAUGAGCACCCUCACCCACCACGGCUUCAUCUACGUGCCAUUGGGCUACAAGACCACAUUCGCCGACCUUGCCAACCUGAGCGAGGUUCACGGUGGCUCCGCCUGGGGCGCUGGUACCUUUGCCGGCGGUGAUGGUUCCCGCCAGCCCUCUGAGCUCGAGCUCAGGGUUGCCACUGCCCAAGGCAAGGCCUUCUACGAGGCCGUUGCCAAGGCUCAUCAGUGA